GCUCCUCUAUUCUAAACAGAGAAUAUUCUCUUCUGUUUUGUUUCAAUACUAUGUUUAUUGGUUAAAUUCUUUUUCUCAACUUUCUGUGUUUGUGUGUCAUUUGACAUGACAGCAUAUUUGACAUAUUUGUUUCGUGGACUGAUUCUAUCUACGUCCCUUGAAAAUCUUUUGUUUUUACACAAAAACCUAUUUCAAAACCCGGGAAAACAUGGAUUUACAACAGCUGGAAGAGGAGGCACGCCAGGCUGCUUUAAAAGACAUUAAAAACAUGCUGCAACGUCCGGGACAGUUGGAAAAAGUUGAACAGUAUCGUCAUCGAGUGGCCCGAAAAAAAGCUUCCGUUGAGGCACUGCUCAAGACCGGAAUGCAAAACCAAUUAGAAGGAGUACGGGUUGGUCUGAAACAGCUAAAAGCUUGUCUGGAAGAUGUGAGGGAGGUAAAGCGUAGCAUCAGUGAAGUGGAAAAGUUAAUGCAGGGCGUACCCGAACUAUACGAUGCACUGGAAGAUGUACGUGAGGAAAAUACCAAACAUUCUCAAUUGGCCACUGCUGUGGAGAACAUCAAACACAUAUUGAAUGUGGAGUCGAGUGUUCAAAAGACAAUGGCUCUAAUCGAUGAGGACAAGUUGUUAAACGCCCAUCAAUGUUUGGCUGACUUGGAAAAUGCCCGAGAUGAUUUGUUGUAUGAACUGCACAAACAACCGAAGCAGCAUGCUUCUGAUAGAAUAACGCUGAAGACUCAUUUUGAGAAAAUUGAUAGCGUGGCCCAGGCUCUGGAGAAGAAACUUCGUCUGAUACUGAGUCGAACACUAAAUACGGUACGUAAGGAACCGAAGUACAUUGUUACGGCCUUGCGUAUAAUUGAACGAGAGGAGAAGAACGAUCAGUUUGCCCUGCAACAGGAAAAGGUGACUUCAUUUAGGCCACCUGGACGUCCACGUCAAUGGCGGGCUAUGGCAAUGAAUGUCCUCAAAGAAGCUGUGGUGACACGUAUUGAAGGUUCCCGGGUGGAGGAGAGGGAAGAUAAUAAAAUGUGGUUGGUCAAGGACUUGGAGAUGCUGCGGCGGAAUAUUUUGGUCGACUUAAGAGUGGUGAAAUCUUUGUGUGUGCCUUGUUUCCCACCGCACUAUAAUAUAUUUGAGGAAUAUGUACGGAUGUACCAUGAGGCAUUGUCGAACUAUAUUGAAAAUAUUGCCAGUGGGUUGCAGGGCAAUGAAUAUGUUUCCUUACUUUCCUGGGUCAUCAACACCUACCCCGGCUAUGAACUAAUGCGCCAUCCUGACCUAAAUGUUAACAUACAACAAUUGGUGGGUCCGCUAUUGCCGCCCAGCCGCCUUCGCACUUUGGAAGAUGAAUAUUUGGGCAAUAUGCAAAAGAAUUUCACUGAAUGGAUGGCAAAUACAGCCGAAAAAGAUCGUUCUCAAUGGUUCUCGGAAGAGACACCCGAUCAAGCUGAACAAUAUUAUCACAGUCCUGCAGCAGUGAUACUUUUUGAAAUGAUCAAUCAACUGCUGCAGGUCACUGAAACAAUACACAGCGAUUUGACAUUCAAAGCUCUUGUCAUGAGCGUACGACAGUUGGAUAUUUUCGGCCAAACUUAUUUGAAAUAUGUGGUCGAGUUGAAGGAGCACCACUUCCCUAAACGUGAUCAAAUUAAAUUUUUUACCCAUCACAUAAUAGCUAUUGUGAAUAACAGCCAACAGAUUUUGGAUUUGGCCCAACAGCUAAAGCAGAAAUAUUGGCCCAAUGCUCGUACCGAACAUUACGAAGAUUUUGAAAAAUUGCUUGAAACAUUCCAACUUAUUCGUACACAAGCAGCAGGCUACCUACUGGAAGAGGCCUUUUUGGAUUUGGAUGGCUAUUUCAAUGAAUUAUUCAAACCAGAAUGGCUGACAUCUACUAUCUCCGUAGAUACCAUAUGCAUAACGUUGGAAGACUAUUUUCAGGAUUACAAUCAUUUGACGCCUUGCAAUUUCGAAAUGGUCAUCAACGAAGCUCAAAAACAAUUGGCCAAACGUUAUAUACGCGCCAUGCUUUCGAAACGUCUAUCCCGUCCCACAUCCGACUGUGAAGCGAUAAAAACCAAGAUCACUCAAGAAGCCAAGCGUCUGGAGAGGUUCUUUGAAAAAAUCGCACCGAAUCUUUCGCUAAACGAUUCUCCCUUGAAAUUAAUUUCAAUGCUCUCGGGACUUUUGGUGUGCGAUCUGGAAGUUUUACUCCUAGAUUUACACACUCUCUUGGGUAAUUAUCCCUCUUUGACAGAGGAACAAAUUGUACGUCUAUUCUAUAUUCGUAACGAUGUUAAAGCAGCCGAAGUAAGACAGAAAGUACAGGAUGCAAAUCAAUCGAAGAAACCGAUGGUUACAAUCGACAAGCAAGAUUUGAUAUUUAAAGAAAUUGUGUUCAACGAUAAAUUGUGGUAAAUAUAAUAAAUAUUCCUUCCUAAAAAUGUUACACCGGCAGACACAAGGUCACCUGCAAACGUGUGUACUAGUAUUAUAAUACAUAUAAAACGAAAUGUAAAAGGGCAUAACAAUAAAUAUUUUAUAAAGUCAAUAAAAUGUUUAUAAAACAUA